AUGUUGACCCUAAUCUACCAGACUGCUUUGAGCACGUCCAAAUACUAUGGCGUGCUCAGCACCGAACACAAGUCUUUCCUUCUUAAGCUCCGGCGCGAUCGAGGAAAAGUCGAUAUUGAUGACAGCUUUAAGGACGAGGCGAAAGAGCUUCCGCCGUGGCCAGAUGCCAAAAAGCCGCCAAGUCCAGAGGUGUAUCAGACAUAUAAGGAAUUCUUUGAGGACUGGGGCACCUACGUUGUCCGCUCAAUCGCAUUUGGGGCUCGGUAUCAGCUGAAGUUAGAGACUCAGAUGAGCAGCAUGUCAUCGAAGAAGGACUUCGAAGCUCACAUAUCGGCCGAGUACAACGGCAUAUGCAGUGUCAAGGGCUCCACAGGUGGCGACCCUGGGAAAGCCGCCGACCUGGGCAGCGAUCCAGACAAGCCUGACAAGCUCGACGCUUGGGAACAGUCCAUUUCUAAUGCUACAGCCCGCCCGAUCAGCGUGAAAGUGAUAAGCCUAGGUGAUAUUAUCAAAGAAUGCCAGGACCUAGAUGUUCCAGAGCGGAAAGCGGUUGCUAACAAGCUAAACAAUGCCUUGGCCUACUUCAACUCCUUCAAGAUCGUGCAAGGCUACCUCUACACUGAAAUCCGAUCGAUCAAUACCAUAGAAUACCAACUGAGCAUCGGUGGCCUACCGGGGAUAGAGAUAUACGGCAGCCCUGUGUCUACCACCAUACAGAAAAGGACCGUCAGCAACGCUGGCCCAACGCUGCUCAAGGUUCAUUCCAAAUUUGUGGGGUUCACUAAUGUUAAGAAGCUUCCUACUGAGAUUUGCACCCCCCGGCUUGCUGAUAUCAGGCUCUUUGCCCCUGAUCCUGCAUUUUUUAAGCCCACAUCUCAAAUAAAUGUUGAAGUGUUGGUCCCUGGUUAUGACACGUUCAGACUCAGGGUUACAAACGGCCCUGUUGUGGAAGUUCAGUGGUCUGCAAAAAAAUGGGAGGAAAAGAGCAAAAAAUUUGCCUGUUUGAUUCAGUCCUUGCUGGAACCUAAAGAAUACCAAGCAGAAGCCCGCGACGACGGAGACCAGUGA